CGGAAGACGAAUCGAGGGAGGGAAAAUAAAAAGAAAAGAGUUAGAGAGACGCAGGUGCGGUAUACGAACGACAUGGCGCAUGUUAGCACAACCCUCUCGUACAUCUCUCAUCGCGACCCAAUCUCCACUCCGCCUUUUUCGAUAUUCCUACUACAACCACAAGAGCGACAGCAACCACAGCAGAAACUAGGAAACAGCCACAACGAAGCUCCUUUCACCUUAAUAAAACCACUGUCCGACAGAAAGAAAACCUACUCGCCCCUAAAUUAUAAAAGACAUACACGCACCCUUGUCUCUCUCUUAUUUUGCAGACCGAGCGACCUAGGGUUUCAGAUGUCUUUGAAGAAGGAAUGGGAAAAAAGUAUUCCAUGAUUGGUGUUGUUGUGUAGCUUUUCUUCCAUAGUUUUCAAAGAAGAAGGAACUUCGCAGGUUUGAGCUCGAGUAACUCCUAUGGAGGGUUUGAGAAGCUGUGGAUUCGAUGGUUCAAGUGCUGUGACAAAGAAGCGGAGGAGUAAUACAUCCAGGCGACCUCGGCCUGACUCACAGACCUUUGUGGAUGGUCAAGAUAUUUCGCCUUCAUCAUCCACACCACCUUCAGAUAAUGUUAGCAAGGUUUCCAGUGAUGAAAAUACAGCCUAUAACACCAGCUUUCGAAGGAAGGAGAUGAAUCUUAAUGCAUCUUCUUCAAGGGGUGAAGGUGAAACUUUCGCUAGAAAGAUUAGGAAGGAUGAUGGGGGAUUUGGAGAUUUAUCUAAGUUCUAUGACAACAGUAGUGCAAGAGACAGAUCGUUGACAAUGCACGAGAAGGGACGAAAUGUAUUGGAUUUUAAACGGUGUAGUGAAGGCGCCCUUGCGCCUGCUAAUUGGAAAAGCUCGAGCAACUCUAAGGAUAGCGGCAGUAGCAAUGGAACAGGAGAUGGGAGGGAUUCUUCACCACAUGAAAACAAGCUUAGAAAAGUGAAGCUCAAGCUUGGGGGAGUAACACGGACAAUACAUGCAAAAUCAACAUUGGAUAGUGCCACUGGUGGUUCUUCUACAAAACCUUUUCACUCAGAUGCCUCUCGGCAGAGGCGGAAGCUAAUUUUUCAGGACAAUUCGGAUGAUGCCCACUCUCCACCAGAUCAAACAAAUGGCUUGCAAGGAAUCCCUUGGAAAAAUUUCUCAAGAGGUAGUUUUACUCUCACGUUGAAGGAUUCGAGAAGCAAAAUGCCAGAAAAAAGUGGAACUCUAAAGCAGCUCAACAAUUCUCUUGGCAUGCUCCCUUCUGAGCCAGUUCGCAAGAGCAAGAGGGUCCCCAAGAGGCGUGUUCUAGAUGAUGAUGCCAAUGGAGAUGAUGAAAUUCGAUAUCUUGAGAGACUCAAAACUGCUAAGAUUGGUGUAGCCGAGUAUGACGAUGAUGGGCUACUGCAUAGCAAGAAACGGAAAAAUUCAAAAAAUUCUAGAAAUAGACUAUUGAAUGAUGAGUACGAUGAUGAUGUUGAAGAGUGCGGCAUAUCACUACUGGGCAAGAAGAAACCAAGACUGGAGGGAGAAUCUGAAGAUACAGAUUACAUUGACGAAGAGGAAGAACUAGGGUCGGAUGUGGGAUCUGAUUCUAAUAAGAGGAAGAAGCAGAAGAAGGAAUCUCUUGAUUCUUUGACUGAUGUUAAGAAGGAAAUCUCUCUUACAUCGCGUCAACGGGCCCUCCAGUCGGGCAAAGAUGUAUCCACUGGAGCCAAUGCCGGUUCAGUCGAGUUCCCAAAUGGGUUACCCCCUCCUCCCCCAAGAAAGCAAAAGGAGAAGCUUUCUGAAGUGGAGCAGCAGCUGAAGAAAGCUGAGGCUGCUCAAAGACGGAGAAUGCAAGUUGAAAAGGCAGCUAGGGAAUCUGAGGCCGAGGCAAUCAGGAAAAUACUUGGUCAAGAUUCCAAUAGGAAGAAGCGAGAAGAUAAGCUGCGCAAGCGGCGUGAUGAAAUGAAACAGGAGAAGGCUGCCAAUGCUGUGAUGCUUGCAUCAAGCACUGUUAGAUGGGUCAUGGGCCCAACUGGCACAGUUGUCACAUUUCCCAAAGAAGUUGGCCUGCCCAGCAUAUUUGACUCUAAGCCAUGCAGUUACCCUCCUCCUCGGGAGAAAUGUGCCGGACCAUUGUGCACAAAUGCAUACAAGUACCGUGAUUCCAAAUCGAAACUCCCGCUAUGCAGCCUCCAGUGCUAUCGAGCAGUACAUGCAAUGAUGCAUCCAGUAACAACCUGCUGAGGUAUCAUCCAUCAUCUUUAACUUCUUGGCCUUUACCUCGCUGCCUUAGUACAUGCAGGCAACCUGCACAUCCAGGUAUGCCUUAUUUGUAAGUGGAAUUGUUGAAAGAAUUAUUUUUCCUGUUAUUGGUAUGGAGUUCUUUCAGAUUGUUGAGAACGAUUAGGCUCAUGCAUUCAAUGUGUAUAGGCAUUAAAAGAAAAUCUCAUUUUUUAACACUACGAAAAUGCCAAUGUGUUCUAACCA